AUGGCUUCCUCUCCUACCCCUUCCUCCUCCUCGACGUCUGGGGCGACGGUGACGUACAGGCCGUACGUCAGCCACAGACGCAACGCAUCAUCCCUAGCCUCCUCAGCAUCCAUCACCCCCGCUGCCACUCCACCGCCUCCCUCUCUCACACCUCCCAUCGAGUCGGCAUCGGCACAGGACGCGGGGCCCUCUCAGAGCACCCCUCGUGCCCAACAUGUGCUCCCCCCGAGCAAUGGGAUUAGCCCCUCUGUCAGCUCACCACCUCCUGCCCGAAAAGCCGUCUUGCCCUCCAGCUCCACAACUACAUCAGCGGCACCUCCGCCUCUCCGUAGGAUAUCCGCUUUGCGAGCGCAAGAGUCAGCUCCAAUCCCAAAUGGAAAGGGCAAGGGCAAGAGCAGGUCUGCCGCGCAAACAGAGGCCGCGGUGGAAUUGGACGCACAGGUUGAUGGGCUUGCUGCAGACGAGUCAUUCAGCGUUUCACUCCCAAACGGCGAUGGGGAGUCAGGUGCGACGACCGGUCGAGCUCUCGGUGCAGCAGCUGUGAUAUCAUCGUCAAACGGCAAGUCUCGCCCGACGGCCACAAAUUGGAAUGGCCCCUCCCGCACUCCGGGCUCGGUCGCUCCUCCUUCUCCGCGAGGAAAUGAUGCGCAUUCAUCCGCCCAAAGCAAAGGGCAAGCUUCCCGGAAUCGAGCCCAGGCACUGACCACUCACAAACCAUCGCGCUCGCUCGCCGGGCAGAGUGAACUGGCGUUGCCCCAUCACAUCUCCACGGCGGCGCGUCUACGCGAGCACAACAGGUCGCCCUCGACCAUCUCUCAAAAUUCGAUCCAACGCGGCGUACACAGCGACGCAGCUGACAUGGAUCAUGUUUUCGCUACGAUCGCAGCAAUGCCCGGCAUGGACCUGAACGCUGAUGCAGGCUUUCAGCCAAAGGGAACGGAGAGGAAUAGAUCCGAGGAGUUUUUGGCGCUCAGGCGAGAUCACAAGAGCAAAGAGGCCAGCAAGGAGAUGGAUUUGGAAGGCGAAAGAAUGGAGAGGAGGCUGGAAAAGGUGAGCUGGGCGCUGACUUCUCCGAGGUAGCGAUGCGUUUGCUGACUCUGCACGUCUACGACGCGCAGCUCACUGCUUUGCACUUUAGCGGAGGCGGGCAAGAGGGGAGCGUAGGUAGCUUUCGUGGGUCAGCCUCUGCUGGCUCGUGGGCCAAUUCCCUACGAGGCUGGGCCAGCGCGGAGAAAGCCGCAGAAGCCCAGCUGCGCCAGCAGGAGAUGCAAAUCGUGCGCUGGGAGGACGAUGGCGCGAGAAAGACGUGUCCUAUAUGCUCGUGAGGGAACGGCUUGCAUGUUGUGAAUUGCCGUCGGAAAGUCACUGACAAGCCCUUUGGAUCACCUGCAGCACGCCAUUUAGCCUUGCUGUCCGCAAACACCACUGUCGGCUCUGCGGCAGCGUCGUGUGCGCCUCGCCCCACUUGUCUUUGCCGCCGGGACUUGCACAAAGCUUUUCUCAAACCGAACAUGCCGCGCAACAGGCCAAAUGCUCUGGUCUCGUGCUCGCAGAUCCUCAGACGAGCAUCAUCCGAGAUGCGAACGCAACGUCUGAUGGUAGAGUAGGCUUUCGAAUCUGCACGCGGUGUAGGGCGACCAUCACUCGUCGACAGUACAUGCUGGACGACGAAAAGGUGCCAGUGUAUUUACAGCUGUACGAAGCGUUGAUACAGCUGCAACGCGAAAUCGAACAGACUCUGCCGGAAUUUCAAGAAAUGGUGCUGGGCUUGCAGAAGCAGGAUGCGAGCGCUGCGCUGGGAACCGGUCCGCAUGGGGACCUGCAACGAACUCCAACAAAGGCCAAGAGCGCCUUGACGCUGCAAAGGAACGCUGCGCAGGCGAGGAAAGCGCUCCUUGCCAACUUUGCAAAUUACGACGCGCUCGCGAGGCGCAUACAAACUCUGCCUGCCGGCACCAACCAAGCGCAAAAGCGCGUACAAGAGUCCAUUUGGACUCGAGCCAAUCUCUUCUUGCAGCAGAAUGUAAGACGCAGUGCGACGUGCGACGUGCGAACCUUGCUUUGCCUCGAGCUCAUCUGCUUUUCUCCCGUCCCCCCCAUUUGUUCGAUAGAUGUUUCCUUUGCAAUCACUUCCCGGCGCGAUCACCAAGGGCUCCAACGAAAAGUCACGCUCCAAGAAAUCCGACGCGAGCGCUUCGCUCUCCGGGACCAACUCUGCGGCGGCGCAAGAGGCAGUGCAAGAGCUUCAAGUGCUCGAAGAACAGUACAGAUCGGUGUCUGCGUGGGCGGAUGCUGCGCAGAGCAACAGACAAUUGGAGGAUGCGAGGACGUUGCGAGCCUCUGCGGACGAGGUAGCCAAAGAGGUCCAGAGGCGGCGCAGAGAGCUUACAGAGCUCGGCAUAUUGCGAGAUCAUUAA